GGGCAGCCCGGGGUCCUUUCUCGCUGUAUUCGUGCGGCAUGUGAGUGUGGCUCAGCUGCCUGACUACAAGAUUCUAUCACAAUGCAGCGGAAGAAGAUUGAUAACCGUAUCCGGGUGCUGAUCGAGAAUGGGGUGGCAGAGAAACAACGAAGCUUCUUUGUCAUCGUGGGUGAUCAUGGAAAGGAUCAGGUGGUCAUUCUCCAUCACAUGCUCUCCAAAUCCGCAGUGAAAGCUCGGCCUUCCGUCCUCUGGUGUUACAAGAAAGAAUUGGGUUUCAGCAGCAACCGCAAGAAAAAAAUGAGGAAGCUACAGAAACGGAUCCAGAGCGGCUCGCUGAACAUCAAGGAGGACGACCCCUUCGAGCUCUUUAUCGCCGCCACCAACAUCCGCUAUUGUUACUACAACGAGACCCAUAAAAUCCUGGGGAACACGUACGGCAUGUGCGUCCUGCAGGACUUUGAGGCGCUGACUCCCAACUUGCUGGCUCGUACCAUCGAAACAGUGGAAGGAGGUGGAAUCGUUGUCCUCCUGCUGCGCACCAUGGCUUCCCUCAAGCAGUUGUACACCAUGACUAUGGAUGUUCACUCUCGGUACAGAACAGAGGCCCAUCAAGAUGUGGUCGGUCGCUUCAAUGAAAGGUUCAUCUUGUCUAUGGCCUCCUGUAAGAACUGCAUGAUGAUCGACGACCAGCUGAAUAUUCUGCCCAUCUCCAGCCAAAUUGCCAACCUCAAGCCCCUGCCGCCAAAGUCCCAGGACACAGAGCUGACACCUGAGGAGCAGGAACUGCAGGAGGUGAAGCUCAGUCUUCAGGACACACAACCCGUGGGCGUUCUGGUGGAGAACUGCAAAACACUGGAUCAAGCUAAGGCAGUGCUGAAGUUUAUUGAAGCCAUAUCCGAGAAGACUCUCCGAAGUACAGUUGCCCUGACUGCGGCUCGAGGCCGAGGAAAAUCGGCUGCUCUUGGUCUGGCCAUCGCAGGAGCUGUGGCAUUUGGGUAUUCCAACAUCUUUGUGACGUCUCCAAGUCCAGAUAACCUGCACACCCUGUUCGAGUUCAUAUUCAAAGGUUUCGACUCGCUGCAGUACCAGGAGCACCUGGACUAUGAGAUCAUCCAGUCCCUGAACCCAGAGUUUGAGAAAGCUGUUGUUCGUGUGAAUGUCUUCAAGGAGCACCGACAGACCAUACAGUACAUCCACCCGGCCGAUGCCGUCAAGUUGGGGCAAGCGGAGCUGGUGGUCAUUGAUGAAGCCGCUGCAAUUCCUUUGCCUCUGGUCAAGAGUCUCCUGGGGCCCUACUUGGUGUUUAUGGCGUCCACCAUCAAUGGGUAUGAGGGAACCGGCCGCUCUCUGUCCCUUAAACUGAUACAGCAGCUCCGCCAGCAGAGUGCAGAGAGUCAGGUCUCCAUUACUGCUGAGAACAAGUCCUCAAGCACCCAGCGACUGGCCUCAGCUCGGACUCUUCAUGAAGUUUCCCUGCAGGAAUCUAUACGUUACGCUCCUGGAGACCCGGUGGAGAAAUGGCUGAAUGACCUCUUGUGUUUGGACUGUCUGAAUAUCAGCAGGAUCAUUUCCGGAUGUCCCUUGCCCGAGACGUGUGAGCUAUAUUACGUAAACCGUGACACGCUCUUCUGCUACCACAAAGCAUCAGAAUCGUUCCUGCAAAGACUAAUGGUGCUCUAUGUCGCUUCUCAUUACAAGAAUUCACCGAAUGACCUGCAGAUGUUGUCCGACGCUCCGGCUCAUCACCUGUUCUGCCUCCUUCCUCCGGUUCCUCCUACCCAGAAUGCUUUACCUGAAGUCUUAGCUGUGAUCCAGGUCUGUCUCGAAGGAGAGAUUUCUCGUCAGUCAAUCAUGAGCAGUCUUUCCCGAGGGAAGAAAGCAUCUGGAGACCUCAUUCCCUGGACAGUGUCAGAACAGUUUCAAGAUCCUGACUUUGGCAGUUUAUCUGGAGGAAGAGUAGUAAGAAUUGCCGUCCACCCGGACUACCAAGGGAUGGGUUACGGGAGCCGGGCCUUGCAGCUGCUGCAGAUGUAUUAUGAGGGACAGUUUCCUUGCCUGGAAGAAAAUGAGAAGAAUAAACCUCAGGAGAUCACCUCCAUAAGCAGCGAGGCUGUCAGCCUCCUGGAAGAGUCCGUGUCCCCUCGGAAGAACCUGCCUCCUUUACUGCUGCGGCUGAGUGAGAGACCUGCUGAAAAGCUGGAUUACCUUGGGGUAUCCUAUGGGUUAACUCCCAAACUUUUAAAGUUCUGGAAGCGGGCCGGGUUCAUUCCUGUGUACCUGCGACAAACGCCGAAUGACCUCACGGGGGAGCACUCCUGCAUCAUGCUGAAGAGUCUGCAGGAGGAAGAGGAGUCCGGGCAAGAGCCAUGGCUGACGGCGUUUUGGAAAGAUUUUAGGAGACGCUUCCUGUCUCUCCUUUCCUAUCAGUUCAGAAACUUCUCGCCGUCCGUGGCGCUGAAUAUGCUACAGAACAAAAACGUCAAGAAGGAAUCUCCAAUCUUGCUCACCCGCCCGGAGCUGGAGUCCUCCUUUACCCCCUACGACCUGAAGCGCCUGGAGAUGUACUCUCAGAACAUGGUGGACUAUCACCUCAUCAUGGAUCUUAUUCCCGCUAUUUCCAAAAUGUUCUUUUUACAGCGAUAUGGAGUCCUAAACCUGUCCGCGGCUCAGUCUGCUCUGCUUCUGGGCCUUGGGCUGCAGCACAAGUCAGUGGACCAGCUGGAGAAGGAGAUCGAGCUGCCCAGCGGUCAGCUCAUGGGUCUUUUCAAUCGUAUCAUCAGGAAAGUGGUCCAGUUACUUAAUAGAAUACAGGAGAAGGCCGUGGAGGACGAGAUGGUGACCACAAAGGAAGUCAUCAUGAAGCCCACCUUGAAGUCUCUGAAUGAGGAUUUGGAAGAAGCAGCCAAGGAAUUCCAGCAGAAGCACAAUGAGGAAGUGCAGAAGUUAAAGGGCAUAAAUCUGUCCCAAUACGUCAUCCGAGGUGAAGAUGAUGAGUGGAACGAAGCCCUGAAGAACAAUGGGCAGAACGCGUCUAUCGUCAGUGUGAAGAGUGACAAGAAACGCAAACUAGAGCAGCCGGAGAGAAACAGAGGAAAGCUGCAAAAGAAGUCAAAUAAAAAUAAAGACCGGAAGCAGAAAUUUGGCAAAUGAAAAGAUGAUUAUGUGAACUGUGCACCUACCGAGACUGUAUGGAGGAAAGUGGGCUGAUAACACAUCUGCAUUCCUUGGUAAUGCUGUGUAUUGUAAGUGUAAUCCUGCAGCAGCAGCAGCACAGCAGUGUAUAUUUGUGCAAUGUAUAGAGGUGCCCAUGACGGGGGGGGGGGGGGGGAGAGGAAUGUAUAAUACAUGCAAAAAGUUGUCACUGUGUACAUACAUUUGACUA